AGAGCUACGGACACUUAUGAUACUCGAUGUAAGUGGGUCUGACAUUAAACAUUUGCCUGAUACAUUCAAAAAUUUAUGCAAUCUGAGACUGUUAAAUUUGACGGGAUGUGAUGAGCUUAAAGUAAUCUCACCCGGUGUUAUAUCGAGUUUAUCUCGACUAGAAGAAUUGUACAUGUGGGAUAGCUUUCAAGAUUGGGUGGUUGAGAAACUGGGCUCAGCAGAAUCAACCAAUUGGGUCUCUGAAUUGGAGGACGGGGAUGCCGAACCAGAACAAGUCGACAUGUGGAAGAGACUCAACAGGUUGGCGGUUGAGAAACCAGCCUCAACAGAAACAACAACUGAUCGGGUGUCUCAACUGGAGGAUGACAAAAGCAGCGAACCAGAGGAAGUCAACGACCUUGGAUGUCUGUUCCGAGGCUUUGUUUAUAAAGUUCAUGCUGUAGAAGGGAACUACGACCAGGUCACAAGGUGGGCUAACUCUAUGGACUGGAGAGUUGGGUUACUUUCAGAGCUGCUUUCCUUGUCCCGUUUGACUACUUUGGAAGUGGUUUUACCACCUCUUGAGAUUCUGCGGACCAGUAAGCUCUUUCAUAAUCUUGACAGAUUUAAGAUCUCUAUAGGAUGGAGGGGUGAUGCUUUUUUGUUUGACUUGGACAGUAUUCACUUGAGUGUUCAGGAUCUAGAUCUUGCGGGUACUGGAAUCAGCUUGUUGUUAAAGAAAACCCAGAAACUUGAGUUAAAGAUGAAGAAAUUGACAGAUCCUCUCAAUGUGUUGAAUGUAAACUGUUAUGCAAGCUUGAAGUCACUUACCCUUGAAGACUGUGAUUCUCUAGAAUAUCUGAUUGACACGACACUUGAGAAACAUACUCCACGAAGUGUCUUCCCUGUCUUGGAUUAUUUGACAAUCACCGGAGCAAAGAGGCUAAAAGAGAUUUUUCAUGGUGAACUGCCACCAGGCUCGCUUCAGAAACUAAAAGGGUUAUGGUUAAAUCAUCUUCCUGAAUUGACGACCAUUUGGACUAUUGAAAGUCAAUCUAGAUGGAUGGGAGAUCUACUGGCAGUUCUCGAGUCCAUAAAAAUAAAGGAUUGCCAGUCCGUAGAAGCAAUUUUUGGCUUGGAAGGAUCGGAACAUCAUGUCAAAGAGAUCAACUUCCUCAGUUUGACAGAGUUGGAACUUGUACGUCUACCAUGCUUCACCAGGAUCAGCAAAAGUACCUGUAAAGGGCUGAAUAGGCAACUGGAAGUCAGCAGUGUCUACCCGGAUAGUUUGACUGAUGAGCAGUCACUUUUCUCCGACCCCAAGGUUGUCUUUCCAGUCUUGACAACCCUAUCCAUUGAACGCUUGGGCGAGUUGAAAAAGAUAUGGAAUGGCCAACUUUCACCCACCUCCUUCUCUAAAUUAAAAAUUCUCAUUGUCAAGCAAUGUGACAAACUACUGCAUUUGGUACCGACACAAAUGCAAAAUAGAUUGCAGACAUUGGAGUACAUAUGGGUAAAUGAAUGUUCUUUACUGGAAGGGAUUUUUGAAGUGACAAGAUUGACCGUCAAAGAAAGGAUUGCUUCAGUUUCUCGGUCAGACAAAUUACCUUCAAAUAUUUCCGAACCUGAUCAAGGAAUGCAAAUAAAUGAUAUCAUGGGUUGCAAACAAUCUUGCCAAGGCUUUCAGAAUUUAACCGAUGUAUAUAUUAGGUCUUGUGGUAGUUUGAGAUACCUGCUCUCUCCUUCGAUUGCUAGAGGUCUUGUCAAGCUCCAAAACCUAGAUAUAGAGAAUUGCCAGAAAAUGGAAGCAAUAAUCGCAGCAGAUGAGGGUGAAGAAACAGAGAAUGAAAGCAUGCUCCCUCGGCUAGAUAGUUUGGAUCUUAAGAAUCUACCAAAUCUUGGAAGCUUUUCGCAAGGCAGAUAUACUUUUGAUUGGCCACUAGUGAGACGGAUCUAUAUUAUCAAGUGCAACAAAAUGAACAAAUUUUGUUUAGGAUCCCUCCGCAUGUCAAGGGCAGUACACAUAACUGUCUGUAAUUCUGGUGAGAGUCUAGAGCGUGAGCUCAAGGAUUGCAGGAAAAAAGGCUGACCAGAGUAGCUUGGUAUCAUGUUGCUUAUGUCUACCGCUUUUUCCCCUCGAGCCGACUUCAACCUGAGGAGCGGUGGCGACAUAGUUCUAUCUAGUUAUGUGAUAAAUAGAAAAGAAAAAAAAAUGUAGUUGGUUUACUUUGUAGUUUGAAUCCUUGUAUCUCAGAGUUUCUGUUAUAAUUUGGAAUGUGGUCAGAAUUGGGAAGCUGCUUGAAGACCUUGAUGCUUUAGCUGGUACCAUUUCUGUCAAGGUAACACUUUUCAGUCUUUCUGUGUUUUGUUGGAGUCUUAUCUCUGUGUUUGGAUAUAUGGGUUUUGCUUCAAAUGUGGUAACUUGAACUGGAAUGUGAUCGGU